GGAGUGUUGUCCUGGCCAGGCCACCAGUUGUAAACAUUGGUCUGGUUGUACACUUCCUACACCACUUGUCAAGGUUUUCCAUCAUGCUGCUGCUACGCUCGCUUCUUAUUUGGCUAGUUACUGUUGUGAACAUGUAACUAGACCAUCCCUGUGGUAGAUUAUAGAGAGACUUGUGAAGUCUCGCUUCACCUGUUGCUGUGGCCAGACCAUUACUUGCACGUCGCAGCCAAAACGUGUUGAUGGUGACCUGAAGUGUUGAAAAAGAUGGAUCAAGAAGAUGAGAAUAUAUCGCUGCUGCUCAAUAUGGGGUUCCCUGAUGUACGGGCCAUCAAGAGGGCUCUGAAGCUGAGCAAUGGGGACGUAAAUGAGGCAGUGAUCUUCCUGACAGAACAGCCUCUCUCCUCCUAUACCACCGUGGAUGACCUCAGAGACGUGGAGAUGACCAACCCGGCCCUCAGACCUCCAUCUUAUGACGAGCAGGCUGGAGGAGAAAAUGGUAACAGUAUGGAAUUUCCAGCAACAAAUUUAUAUGAACUUGAGAGUCGAGUAUUUACCGAUACUUGGUCUAUACCUUACAAGAGAGAAGAAUCCCUUGGGAAGUGCUUAGUUGCUGCAGCAAGACUGGCUGAGGAAGGUCUAUGUGAUGUAGAUGAAUCCUGCCACCGUUUCAUGGAUCGGUGCCUUCCAGAAUGUUUUCACAAGCUCUUAGCAAAUGGAGCAGUUCGACGAUGGGGUUUAGAAAUUCAAGAGGGUGUUUUUAAUAUGCUUGAUUUGCUCACAAAUCUUGUAAUUGUAAGGCUCAAGCAUGGGCCAGUUCCAGAGGCCUUAUUAAAGGAUGUAUAUGCUCUUGCAAUGGACUCUAAAUGUGAGUGGAACCAGAAGAAUAAACACCGUCCUGCUGAGUAUACUGGAGAUACCAUCUAUGCAGAAUCUACCUCACAGUUUGAAUCAUGUGGUUGGCUGAUGGACCUCAUCAAUAUUUUUGGUAACCGUGGAGGCUUUGAGCUAAUAGCUGGUCACUUUUCUUCCCUUGAAGAACUUGAUGCAGGUCAGAUGGCUGCCCUGCUUCUUCCUGUGGGACAGUGUGCCAAGUUUUUGGUAAGGGAUACAGUUUGUCCUAUCCUACUGCCAGCUAUUACUCAGGCUCUCCAGUACGUUGCCAAUUUAGAGGAAAAGCAACUUAAGGGCCAAAAAAUAGGAACUUGUUAUGACUUGUUAGAAGCUGUACGACUACUGUGUGUCUCUCUCUGGCCAGAAAAAGCUCAGAGGACAAGUGAUCUGAGAGUGGAAAUGAUCAUUCGUAUGCUGAAAACUCCACAUUUUUCUGCGCGAAUGAAUGCACUAAAGGAACUUGCCAGACUUAUUGAAGAUAGUGAAAAGGGCCAUGACAAUGUCAUUGAUGCAGAUAUCAUACAAGAAUGGAUGACAAGCAAGCGUGUGUUAUCUCUUGCAUUAGAAGGUAACAUCGAUCAAGUGCAGUAUACAGAUCGUAUGAAGGAACUUGUAGAGUUUAUGGGACCAAAGUUACAGGAAGAGGAGUUAACCCGCAUCUGGCACAUGGCAGAGAAAGCCAGUGCUCAUGUAGUUGACAACAUUCACCGUAUUAUGGCAGCUGCUGCUUCACGCUUCAAUCCUCACCAGUUUCAACACCUAUUAACCCUCGUCAGAAAGAGCUGGGAUAAUGGAAAUGAUCGCUUGCGUGAAAAGCUUCUCACUUUCAUUGGGAAGAUUGGCCAGGAUUCACGCUUAGGUCGAACUGCAGAUAAGAUGCUUGAUUCCCUUUGGGAACUAGCCCGUGUUCCAGCCUUACCACCAAAACUGGUGCAUCAAGCAAUGAAUGAACAUCUUAACAUUCUCAAUGAAUCUGCUACUAGAGACCAGCUGCGUAAGGUUUACAUAGUGCGAUGUGUAGAGGACAUUAAAAGAAGCCCAGCUGUUUACCUGCCUCUUAAGCAGUUACAUUAUUUGGCACAAUCAAUCACAAAGGGAGGAGCAUCAUACUUCAAAACUGAAAAGGCAACUCUGUCUGAACUCAAUCGCAGUCAUGAGAUUGUCAAACUUAUAACGCUGAGUCUUGGUAAAUGCCAUGCUCUGGCAGUGUCCACAGCUGGGAACCAACAACCUUCACCGUCUACUCUAAUUGAUGGCAAAUAUACUCAUGACCAUUAUUUAAGGGUCCACCUUGAGUUUCUUCAAUUUUUACUUAAAGAAGGUGAUAUUUAUCUAGCCUGGCCACGGUGUAAGGACAUUUGGGACACAUUAGUGGCUAACCCCAAAGCCUCCGGUUAUGAUAAGGAGACUUGCUUUAACUGGUUCAGUGGAUGCCUUGGUGAUUUAGAAAGCAGUACUCAGCGUGAUCUGUUUUGUGAGAAGCUUCUCCGUCUAGACCCUGUCACCAUGACUCGCCCUGCAUUUGCCUGCUUUGUGGAUUAUUUUCAUGCAGUGAACCUCAAUGACCACAAGCUUAUUCGGAGUGGAAAUAUGAUUACUGUAGAUAAACUUGAUCCACUUGGGAUGGAGUUCAUUUGGCAGCUUGUACUCGAAUGUCAAGAGGAGCAGCUUGCAGAAGAUGCCAUGAAGCUCUUGUUAGACAUGUCAUACAUGUCUCUCUCUGCUCGCCUCAAACGAGACCCUCCACAGCUUCACGCAAAAUUUAUCUCCGAGUGCUACAGAAAAUUGGAGAAAUCCAUGUUGCAUGUAAAUGAAACUGCGGUUGGUGCUGCCGUCUCUACAGCCACUAAAACAUUGACAGCUAUGGCAGUAUCAGACCUAGGAGGACUUCCUUCCACAUCAAGAAAUAGUUGCAUCCAGCACAUUCGUCGAGUCUUAGUGUUGGCAGAGCGUUAUGUUAGCUGCAUCGAGGAGCAGCACCCUGGUCCACGGUCUCUCCCUCCUCAUGGUGCAUCAUUUACUGGCACACCGGUGAUACUUCACAUUACUUGUGAUUCAAAUAAAAUGGAUAUUAACAUUGAGUGCCACAGUAAUGAACAUGUUGGCUCUGUGCGAGGAAAAAUUGCCAGCUAUGCUCGAGUGCCCCUUGACCAGGUUCAGACUCUGUCCUUUGGUGAUAGUGGCGGUGGAGUGCUAGUUAAUGGAGGAGAACAAGACAGUCGUCUUCUGCACCACUUGGGUGUGACCUAUAACAAAUCAGUCAUAGCCAAGAUCAACAUUACAAGUGCUGCUCAGCUGAAAGAGGUUGGUGAUAAUUGGGAUGAAUUACCUGGUACUGCAAGUUACUGUGAAGCUUCUGAGGAAGGCAGUUCUGAGGGUGCUGGAAGUUUAGCAGCAGCAAGUGAAGCAGUUGCUGGGCCCUCUAGAUUGGGUGCUAGGGCAUUCUCAGCAGCUGUUGGAGAUGGCCAUGGAAGCCGGUACAAUUUAGACAAGGAGAAGCAACUACCAGGUGUAGUCAUGGCUAGUCAAGGUCGCGAUGUGUUUUCAAUGCUUUACCAACUAGCCCAGCUAGACGAACCUAGGAUUGUGGAAGCCGUUCGACGUGUGCUAUAUCUUGUGCCUACGGACCCAAGUGUCGCUGACAAGUUUGACUCUAUAUGCAGUGUGGGAAUUGCUGCUGUUGAUGCUAGUCCAAGGACCACUCCUUAUGGAUCUCCUGCAAAGAGAGACAAGACUCGAGACAAAGAGAAAGACAGAGAAACAGGAAGAGAUGUUUUACGUUCUUUACUUGAUCUUAAUGCAACUGAUAUGACGCCAUUUAGACUUUUAUAUAAUAUGGAGGUUCUUUCAGGAAAGAUUAUGCCAAUUUCACUUGAGGGCCCCAUUAACAGUAAUGCUCAUUUCUGUGAGGAAUUUCUCAUGUGUGGAGGACUCAGCCUUAUCACAGCAUUGCUACAGAAGGACUCGCUUCCUCAGGAAGUGGAUUAUGAGAUUCGCCAAAAUGUUUAUUUAAUAACAUUACAAAUAUUGAGGUAUUUACUCUGUGGCUCGACACCUAAAGGACAGGAAUUGCCAGUUAUUGGGCAACAACCUCACCCAGGUCCUCCAAAACGUUCAGCACUUGACUCAUCUGCUCAAGCUAGUCCUCCUCCUACUGCGUUUUCUUCUCUUACACCCAUCAUUGCUAAUAGGGUCAUAUUGAGAUUCAGUGUGGAAGAAUGGAGUGAGAUGGUGUCAAGCUUGAUGAGAGUAUCAUGGGCUGGUGCUGCAGGAAAGCUGUACCUCUCAUCAGCAACAAUGACAACUGAUCCGGCUAUUUCGCUACCUGAAAAUUGCAAAUCCUCCAGACAGAGUAGUACAGGAAGUGCUCAUAGCUCAAGCAGUGACAGUGAAGGCGUGCUGCAAUGUGGUGUCUGUGUUCAGCAGGGGACAGUACGACCCACUGAUUCUCUUAUAGCAUCACAAGCUCUUCACCUCCUCGUAGCCUGCCUUAGAUUCCGUCCUCAGCUCAUAGACCGUUGGUAUGAAAUGAUAAAUGUCAAGGACUUCAUUGUGGAAGUUUUGGUUGGAUGCGGUGAUGAGGAUGUAAGAGAAGUUGCUUACCAGCAGUUCACCAACCUUAUCACGAUGUCCACACCAGCAGAGAUCCACCCCAAGCAAUUUCUUUCUCAGGUGCUCUUGAAAGCUCCCCUUCCCUUAUGGGUGCCCUCCACUAGUGCUCGAGGUGCAACGCUCAAACUUCUAUCACAAUGUACCCAGUACUUUAGUCUCAGGUCAAAGUUAUUAUCAGGGCUCAGUGCUCGUGACCAAGAAUCACUUGGAAUCAGUGUUCAUCAGAUGUUAGAAGAUGAAAUAGGAUGGCUCACCAAUUUUAAUGCUACCAGAGAAGCUGCUCGUGAGAGACCGGAAUCUGGCAUACCAACAUUGCGCAGUGCUGAUAAUGUUUUACUGGCUGGCCAUCUGACCCUUAUUACAGCUUUAUUAUCAUGUGAAGGGAUAAAUAAGGAAGAAACAGGUGCUACCCUCAUUCCUAUACUUGUUUUUGAGUACCUUUUCCCAGCAUCCAAACUAGUUAUGGAAGGAGGAUCUGAGCAGGAUUCACUGAGUGCCAGUAGAAAUUAUUGGGCCAAGUGCACUGGCAAAGAGUCUCGGUUAGCAGCUUAUCAGCUCCUAGUCCAUUUAGUGACACGGUGUGAGCGGAACUUGACAGCACUUGCUGGCCAUCUUGUGUCUUUACACCAUACUCUUAACCCAGAUUCACUAAAGGAGUUUGAGUAUGCACCAGCUGUAGAUGGAAGAUGUGCUAGUGGCUAUGUAGGUCUAAAGAAUGGAGGUGCAACCUGCUAUAUGAACUCAGUCCUCCAGCACCUCUUCUUGGUUCCAGGAGUACCUGAGGACAUUCUUGCUGUUUGUAGUGAUGAUGAGAAUGAAGAUAGUUUGUUUUAUCAGCUGCAGACAGUAUUUGGUCAUCUCAUGGAGUCUCAGCUUCAGUAUUAUGUCCCAGAUAAAUUUUGGAAAUGCUUCAGAAUGGAUGGGCAACCUGUCAAUGUCAGGGAACAGCAAGAUGCAUUUGAGUUUUACACAAGAUUGACUGAGCAAGUAGAUGACUAUUUGAAGAGUGGGCGACGAGAAAGUGUGUUUGCACAGCGAUUUGAAGGUGUAUACUCAAUUCAAAGAAUAUGCCAGGACUGUCCUCACAGAUAUGAAAGAGAGGAGCCAUUUUUGGCGCUAAACCUUACUGUCACCAAGUGCCAUGACCUGCAGGACUCGUUAGACCAGUUUAUUAAGGGAGAGCUCCUAGAAGGUGACAAUGCCUAUUUCUGUGAAAAGUGCAGUCAAAAGAGAACAGCUCUUAUUCGAACAUGUGUAAAGUCUCUUCCUCCUGUACUGGUUAUUCAGUUAAAGAGAUUUGGUUAUGAUUGGGAAGCUUCCAGAGCCCUCAAGUUUGAUGACUAUUUUAAGUUUCCCUGGGUAUUGGACAUGAGUGCUUACACAGCAGAGGGCCUAGCUGAACAAGAGGAAGAUCCAGAUGGAGGUGACUGUAGAACCUCUCCAUCUCCAGAUCUUAAGGAGCCUCUUUCAUCUCCCAAGGCUAACACAUCUCCUUCUUGCACAUCUCACACACCAGUGAAGUCUAGAACAUCAAAAUUAUCUCCACAUACUCCUCGAAUAAACACUAGACUGCGGCACAAGGGAGUCACCUACGAACUUGUAGGUGUUAUUGUACACAGUGGACAAGCUAGUGCAGGACAUUACUACUCAUACAUCAAAGACCGCAGAGGUGACCCACUGACCAAUCCCAAUAAAGGUCGAUGGUUCAAGUUUAAUGACACCAGUGUAGAGCAAGUAGAGAUGAACGAUGCUCUACUGGAACAGGAAUGCUUUGGUGGCACAUACAAAGCAAAAGUCUCUUACGACUCUU